GUGACUGUGUGUUGUUGGCAAAAGGAGAUCCACCGUCAAUAUAUAUAUAUCCCUCUACAUAUCUCCAAAUAUUGCUCUGAGAUACUCAAAACGCAAGUCUAUCCCAAAAGAAACAAAUAUGGUUGCGGCAGAGACACCCGAAAAGUACCCGACAGUGCAAGAGGCGGUGGAUGAACUAAAGAGAAUGACAGACAUAGGCUUCCCUGUAGCAGCCAUGAGCUUUCUGGGGUACCUCAAAAACAUGAUCUUGGUCGUUUGCAUGGGAAGGCUGGGAAGCCUAGAGCUCGCAGGCGGCGCUUUAGCCAUUGGCUUCACUAACAUCACCGGCUACUCAAUCCUCUCAGGGCUGGCCAUGGGCAUGGAGCCCCUUUGCAGCCAGGCCUUCGGUUCACGAAACUUCUCCAUGCUCUCUCUUACUUUACAAAGAACAAUUCUUCUCUUACUCGUCGCUUCAUUCUCCAUCGCCCUACUAUGGAUUAACCUCGAACCCCUCAUGCUUAUCCUCCACCAAAACCCAGAUAUAACACGUGUCGCCACCCUAUACUGCCGCUUUGCCAUCCCGGAUCUCUUUGCCAAUAGCCUCCUUCAUCCUCUUCGAAUCUAUCUGCGUAGUAAAGGCACAACGUGGCCUUUGAUGUGGUCCAGUUUGUUAGCAAUCAUUCUACACAUUCCAAUCACAAUCUUCUUAGCCUUCACUCUUCGUCUCGGAGUCCAAGGAAUAGCAAUUUCCACUUUUGUAACCAAUUUCAAUACGCUCUUCUUCCUCGCGGGUUACAUUUUGUACACCCGCGCCGCUGAGGAGCCGCCUUUGUGUAUGCCACUCUUAACGCAACUUUCGUCUUCGCCAGGUGAGGAAUGGGGUAAGCUGCUUGGACUCGCCAUACCAAGCUGUCUCGCCGUUUGUUUGGAGUGGUGGUGGUACGAGUUCAUGACAAUUCUAGCCGGCUACCUUCACAAUCCUCGCGUGGCGCUUGCGGCAUCCGCCAUAGUAAUACAAACCACCUCUCUCAUGUACACAUUACCGACAGCGCUGAGCGCAUCGGUGUCGACCCGCGUAGGGAACGAGCUCGGCGCGAGGCGGCCGGAGAGGGCCCGUCUGGCAACAAUGGUGGCAAUAGGAUUGGCCAUGGUGAGCUCGUUAGUGGGGUUGUUGUGGACCACUCUAGGGAGACAAUCGUGGGGAAGAGUGUUCACAAAUGAUAGCGAUGUUCUGGAGCUAACCAUGAGUGUUCUACCUAUAAUUGGAGUUUGCGAGUUAGCAAACUGCCCACAAACUACAAGUUGUGGGAUUCUGAGAGGAAGCGCAAGGCCAGGUGUUGGGGCAGGGAUCAACUUUUAUGCGUUUUAUUUGGUGGGUGCACCGGUUGCCAUCGUUUUAGCCUUUGUUUGGAAGCUAGGGUUUGUGGGUCUGUGUUAUGGGCUUUUAGCAGCUCAAAUUGCAUGUGCGGUCUCCAUCUUGGUGGUGGUCUACAAGACAGACUGGGAAAGAGAAUCUCUAAAAGCCAAAGACUUGGUGGGAAAGACUAGUAGUAGCUGGUAGCGAUGCGCGCCGGACCAAACACUAGUCAAAUGUACGUGAGGAAGGUCUCGGUUUUCUCAAAGACGAAAAGGAUUUUGAAAAUUGAAAAACAGAUUUUGGGGAAGGAAGCCAGUAAGGAAUACACAAUUUUAGGAUUUUAACGGCACAGAUUCUAAAUACACUACUUUGUUUCAUCACUACGUACGUGUUUUCUUGUCUUUUCUUUGUCUAAUUAAUGUACUCUUUACCAAUCUCCAUGCAUGUUGGUCCAAUUAAAGUUUUAUAUAUAUAUAGUAAAAUAAUA